ACAUUUUCUUUCAAGAAAAUUUUCUCUUGACGAAAAAUUAAUUUUUCCUUUGCGUUUGCAGUUUGUUAAAAUAGUUAUAGCUUGAAAUAAUAUGUAUAUCAGUUUUUUGACGUUUUAAAAUCAUCAGGAUGCAUCACCAGAAUCUUCUAAACUUGGAUAAAUCUGCUUUUAUCGGUCUACAAGCGGAGCUAGCUCGAAAAAAAGAAGAAGUAAAAAAUCUCUCUCGAAGCACAUCGAGAAAACCUACCAAACUAGGUUUUAAGAAUAGCAUCAAGGAACCUCCUACUACAAAAGUGAAGGGCCCCAAAAAAGAGGUGGUUGAAGAUGUAGAAGAUUCUGUGUUGCAAUAUGCUCAGAACGCUUUAAUAGCGAAAAGUCAGCUAUACGAUAAGCUUCGUAAUAAAGAAGUUGCCACUGACGAUCCGGAAAAAUUUUUAGUUGAUUUUGAUGCCAAAACUGAUCAUAAAGGUGGAGAAGAUUCUUGCGAUUCUUUUUCUGAUCAUAAUGAUGAUCCGGAAGAUGACUGGGUGGAAUAUACAGAUACCUUGGGUCGUUCUAGAACAUGUCUACGUAAAGAUCUUCCGUAUUAUAAAAAACUCAACGAAGACUUGAAACCUGAAGAAGAACCCGAAGAGAAACCCAAAGAAGAAGAUAUCGCCAAACAAUCGGAAGAGUUACAGCUAUGGUAUCAAAAACGAGACGAAUUAAGACAAAAAUGGGAAGAAGAAGAAAAAGUUCUGUCGACAAAACGUGAUAUUCAUUACCAAGACGUCCUUUUCAGCGAGGCUCGUACACAUGGUGUCGGUUACUAUAGUUUUUCACAUGAUGAAACUGAACGUCAAAGGCAGCAAGAAGAAUUGAAGAAGAUGCGAGAAGAGACUGAAAAAAGUCAACGUCGUAAUAUGACCAUUAAAGAGAGACGAGAUCAACAAAUGAAACAACGAUUAGAAGCAGCUAAACGACGAAAAAGAGAGAGAUUAGGUUUACCUCCGGAGGCUGAAAUUGGAGAAGAACCUGUGAACGAACUGGAAAAAUUCGAGGGUGAAAAAGUCGAAGAAAAAACAGAACAGAAAGACGAAAUGACUAAGAAGGUAGAAGAAUAUCUAGCCAAUGUGAAACGAUCGGCGCAUAUACGACCUUGGGAUUUUGGCAAAGCCGGUGUUCAACCUCCAGUUAUGUCGCAAGAACAAUGGAAUGAAAAACAACGAUCUCAACGAAACAAAGAGUUUGCUCCUCCUACGGCGUAUAAAGAAUCUACUCCUAUUCCGAUCGAGAUCCCCGAAUCGAGUAAUUCUGGUUUAUAUUUCACUUCGAAAAGACCCAAAUUUUCUCAAAGCUCCGAAAAACGUACUCCAAUCAAACCGGAGUAUUCUGUCGAAGAGGAAGAAUCAUUUGAACCGAAACCUAGAGGACAAGGAGCUGAAAUAGCACCGCCUACGUCGUACGAUAAGUCAACUAAACUUCCUAAACCGAAACAGUCCGAUCUAGCUGAUUCUAUCGAAGCUGGUCUUCAAUUUUUAAGAAAUCAGGCCGAUAAAAAAGUAUCGAGUAGACCUAGGCCAAGUUUUGAUCUCUGACGGAAAGAGCAAUAUUCGAGUUUUGUAAGGUCCUGUAAUUGAUAAAAUAAUGAAAUAUUUUCCAGUACGAAGAUUUAUUAUGCAAUUCACAACUACAAGGUACAACCUUAUGUCUUAUAACAUGAAAAAUUCAGGUAAAAAAUAAAUACUUGAUAAUUGUGCUCUAUAAAGCAUUGGAUAAGAUAUACUAAAACCCGAUGUCACCGUUUUCAUUUCUUGUGUUUUUUCUUCGGAGAAACCUGAAGAAAUAAGAUGUUAUAUUAUAUGUAUUUUUGUGCGUAUUUUUCAUUAUUUAAUAGAAUACCACUUAUUUACCUUUCGUUUCGAA